AUUCUUCUGUGACCAUGAGAGAGAGAUAUAAAGAAUGAUCCAUGAUUUUUAAGUACCUUUUCCUGAGGAAAUAGUCAUGUUGGAAGGUCUUGUCGCCUGGGUUCUCAAUACCUAUUUAGGGAAAUAUGUCAAUAACCUGAACACUGAUCAGCUCUCAGUUGCACUGCUCAAAGGUGCGGUGGAGUUAGAAAACUUGCCAUUAAAGAAAGAUGCCUUGAAAGAACUGGAAUUACCAUUCGAAGUCAAAGCUGGCUUCAUUGGGAAAGUGACCCUUCAGAUCCCCUUCUACCGCCCACAUGUGGACCCCUGGGUGAUCUCCAUCUCCAGCCUCCAUUUAAUUGGUGCCCCUGAGAAAGUCCAGGACUUCAAUGAUGAGAAGGAGAAGCUGUUGGAGAGAGAGCGCAAGAAAGCGCUGCUGCAAGCGCUGGAGGAGAAGUGGAAGAACGAACGCCAGCAGAAGGGGGAAUCGUACUGGUACUCGGUCACUGCCUCUGUAGUGACCAGAAUCGUGGAGAACAUCGAGUUAAAAAUUCAAGAUGUCCAUUUACGCUUUGAAGAUGACAUUACCAAUCCUUCCCGUCCUUUGGCGUUUGGUGUCUGUAUUAAGAAUGUGUCCAUGCAGAAUGCUCUGAAUGAGCCCGUACAGAAACUGAUGCGGAAAAAACGAUUAGAUGUGGCGGAGUUUAGUAUCUACUGGGAUGUGGAUUGCACAUUGCUGGGGGAUUUGCCGCAGGUGGAGUUACAGGAGGCCAUGGCGAAGAGCAUGGAGAGUCGCAGUCACCACUAUGUCCUUGAGCCCGUGUGUGCCUCCGCGCUCUUGAGGAGAAACUGCUCCAAGGAGCCUCUGCGGUCUCGACACAGCCCCCGCAUCGAGUGUGACAUUCAGCUGGAGACCAUUCCCUUGAAGCUCUCUCAGCUGCAAUACAGGCAGAUGAUGGAGUUCCUCAAGGAGCUGGAACGGAAGGAGAGGCAGGUGAAGUUCCGGAAGUGGAAACCAAAAGCAGCAAUACCGAAGAACUGCCGGGAAUGGUGGUAUUUUGCUCUGAAUGCGAACUUAUAUGAGAUCAGAGAGCAGCGGAAGCGCUGUACCUGGGACUUCUUGUUGCACCGUGCCCAUGAUGCUGUGUUUUACACUGACAAAUAUUUCAGCAAGUUGAAAGGAGGCUUACUGUCUGCAGACGACAAGGAGGAGAUGUGUCGGAUUGAGGAGGAGCAGAGCUUUGAGGAGUUGAAGAUUCUGCGUGAACUGGUUCAUGAUCGCUUUUAUAAGCAAGAAGAGCUAGCAGAGAGUCUGCGAGAGCCUCAGUUCGAUUCUCCUGGAGAGUCUCCUGGAGACCCAGAUGGCGGCAGAGGCAGCGGGAUGCUGCAGUACCUUCAGUCCUGGUUCCCCGGCUGGGGCGGCUGGUAUGGGCAGCAGACCUCCGAGGGCAAGGCGGUGGAGGGACUCUCAGCAGAGCAGCAGGAGCAAUGGACCCCCGAAGAGAUCCUGGGCACCGAGGAGUUUUUUAACCCCACCGCAGAUGCCUCAUGUAUGAACACGUACACAAAGCGAGAUCAUGUUUUUGCCAAGCUGAACGUGCAGCUGCAGUGUGGCACAGUGACUCUGCUACACAAGGAGCAAGGGACUCCUCAGAUGAAGGAAAGUGCUUUCAUGCAGCUCGAGUUUUCAGAUGUAAAACUACUAGCGGAAUCUCUUCCUCGAAGAAAUUCUUCCUUGCUUUUAGUCCGGUUGGGUGGACUAUUUCUUCGAGACCUAGCUACAGAAGGAACUAUGUUUCCCCUUCUGGUCUUUCCUAACCCGCAAAAAGAAGUUGGCAGAGUCUCACAGUCUUUUGGUCUCCAAACCACAUCAGCAGACAGAAGUGAUCAAUACCCAGCUGCAGACCCAGACGACCCCGUUUUUGAGAUGCUGUAUGAGAGAAAUCCAGUGCACAGUCAUUUUGAGAGGCGGCUCAAUGUCAGCACGAGACCCUUGAACAUCAUCUAUAAUCCCCAGGCCAUUAAAAAAGUAGCAGACUUUUUCUACAAGGGAAAGGUUCAUACCUCAGGGUUUGGUUAUCAGUCUGAGCUUGAGUUGAGAGUGGCUGAAGCUGCCCGAAGACAGUAUAACAAGCUGAAGAUGCAGACCAAGGCAGAAAUCCGACAAACUCUUGAUCGUUUACUAGUGGGAGAUUUCAUUGAGGAGAGUAAACGGUGGACUGUGCGCCUGGAUAUUUCUGCCCCACAAGUGAUAUUUCCUGAUGAUUUCAAGUUCAAGAAUCCUGUGUUAGUUGUUGUGGAUCUGGGAAGAAUGCUGUUGACAAAUACCCAAGAUGAUUUCAGGAGGAAAAGUGGGGACAGGUCAGCUUAUGAAGAGAAUGAGUUUAGCGAUGAUGAAUAUAAGACCCCGCUCGCCACCCCUCCCAAUACCCCACCUCCAGAGAUGGGCAGCAGUAAUGGAGAGAAAACACCUCCCUUUCCUGGAGUUGAAUUCAGUGAAGAACAGCUUCAGGCACACCUCAUGAGUACGAAGAUGUAUGAGAGGUACUCCCUGUCGUUCAUGGACCUGCAGAUCAUGGUUGGACGUGUGAAAGACAAUUGGAAGCAUGUUCAGGAUAUCAACGUAGGCCCUACCCACGUGGUAGAGAAAUUCAACGUUCACCUCCAAUUAGAACGCAGGCUGAUUUACACCUCUGAUCCCAAGUACCCAGGGGCCGUGCUGUCAGGCAACUUACCAGACUUAAAAAUCCACAUCAAUGAAGAUAAGAUAUCUGCCCUGAAGAACUGCUUUGCUCUCCUUACCACCCCAGAAGUGAGGAGUUCUGACACUCUGAUUAAAGAGAUUUUCCCCCUAGAAGGACAGCGGGGAAGCUUGCAGGACUCAGUCAUGAACUUAACCCAGAGCAUUGUGAUGGUGGAGCAGCAUACCCGGGAGGUUCUGGUGGAGUCUCAGCUCCUCUUGGCUGAAUUUAAAGUUAACUGCAUGCAGCUUGGUGUUGAAAGCAACGGCCGGUACAUUUCCGUGCUCAAGGUGUUUGGUACCAAUGCGCACUUUGUAAAAAGGCCUUACGAUGCUGAAAUCUCUCUGACUGUUCACGGUUUGCUCCUGGUGGACACCAUGCAGACCUAUGGUGCAGACUUUGACCUUUUGAUGGCCUCACAUAAAAACCUGAGUUUUGAUAUCCCAACUGGAAGCCUCCGGGAUAGCAGGGUGCAGUCUCCUGUGUCUGGACCUAAUGUGGCUGGUGUAACUGAGGUAGCCACCCCAAAUGACCGCCUAGCAACCAGUGUUUCACUUGAAAAAAUUCUCACCAAAGAGCAAGAGUCCCUUAUUAAAUUGGAAUAUCAAUUUGUGAGUUCAGAGUGCCCAUCAAUGAACUUGGACAGCACUCUUCAGGUGAUUUCCUUACAGGUCAAUAAUCUGGAUAUUAUCCUAAAUCCAGAGACAAUUGUGGAGCUGAUUGGGUUUCUUCAAAAAUCCUUCCCGAAGGAAAAGGACGAUUUGAGUCCUCAGCCCUUAAUGACUGAUUUUGAAAGAAGCUUUAGAGAACAAGGGACAUACCAGUCUACAUACGAACAAAACACCGAGGUUGCAGUAGAAAUCCAUAGACUGAACUUGCUGCUCCUUCGGACUGUGGGGAUGGCAAAUGGGGAGAAAUACGGCAGGAAGAUUGCAACUGCAAGUAUAGGCGGCACCAAAGUCAACGUCUCGAUGGGGAUCACCUUUGACAUGAACGGUUCCCUCGGCUGUUUGCAGCUUAUGGAUUUGACGCAAGACAAUGUUAAGAACCAGUACGUUGUCAGCAUCGGCAAUUCCGUGGGCUAUGAAAAUAUUGUCAGUGACAUUGGCUACUUUGAGUCUGUGUUUGUCAGAAUGGAAGACGCAUCCCUUACUGAAGCUUUGAGUUUCACUCUUGUUGAGAAAUCUAAACAGGAGUGUUUUCUCAGCCUGAAGAUGGCUUCCUUGCACUAUAACCACUCUGCUAAAUUCUUGAAGGAGUUGACCUUGUCCAUGGAUGAACUGGAGGAAAACUUUCGAAGCAUGCUGAAAAGUGCUGCCACCAAAGUCACCACUGUGUUAGCUACCAAAACCGCCGAGUACAGUGAGAUGGUAUCACUCUUUGAAACUCCAAGGAAGACACGGGAGCCCUUUAUCUUGGAGGAAAAUGAAAUGUAUGGGUUUGGCCUGGCUUCGUCUCAUGCAGACACUGUAAAGCUAAUCUUGAACAUAAACAUUGAGUCACCAGUUGUUUCCAUCCCCCGGAAGCCUGGGAGUCCUGAGUUGUUGGUAGGACACCUGGGACAGAUAUUCAUCCAGAAUUUUGUGGCAGGAGAUGAUGAAUCAAGAAGUGACCGCCUGCAAGUAGAGAUCAAAGACAUUAAACUAUAUUCUCUGAAUUGCACUCAAUUGGCAGGCAGAGACAGUGCUGGGUCUGAAGUAAAUCGGACGUUUGGCCCACCCUCUGGGUCUGCCAGUGUCAACAGUCAGGAGGAAGCACACUUCACACGGCACGAUUUCUUCGAGUCUUUGCACAGAGGUCAAGCUUUCCACAUCCUGAACAACACCACCAUUCAGUUUAAACUGGAGAAGAUCCCCAUAGAGAGAGAAUCUGAAUUGACUUUCUCCCUUAGUCCAGAUGACCUAGGAACUGCUAGCAUCAUGAAGAUUGAAGGGAAAUUUGUGAAUCCAGUUCAGGUGGUGUUAGCCAAGCAUGUAUAUGAGCAGGUUUUGCAAACACUGGACAAUCUCGUGUAUAGUGAAGAUCUGAAUAAGUUUCCAGCCAGUACUGCCUCCUCCCCUUGCCCUAGUUCUCCUCUGCCUGCCCUCAGUUCCUGCGGAGAACCUUCUGUAGAGAGGAAGGAGAAUGGAUUGUUCAGCCACUCCAGCCUUUCCAGUACCUCUCAAAAAUCCUUGUCUGUGAAGGAAACCAAAGCCUUUACUCAGAUUCAAGCCAACUUUUGUAUAUCUGAGCUCCAAGUUCAACUGAGUGGAGAUCUGACUUUGGGAGCCCAAGGUCUUGUGAGCUUGAAGUUUCAGGACUUUGAGGUGGAAUUUAGUAAGGACCAUCCUCAGACCUUAUCCAUUCAGAUUGCCCUGCGUUCCCUGCUGAUGGAAGACUUACUAGAGAAGAACCCCAACUCCAAAUAUAAGAACCUGAUGGUGUCUCGAGGAGCUCCCAAGCCAUCCAGCUUGGCACAGAAAGAGUACCUGUCUCAGUCUUGCCCUUCAGUGUCCAAUGUGGAGUACCCUGACAUGCCUCGGUCUCUCCCUUCCCAUGUGGAGGAAGCUCCUAAUGUCUUCCAGUUGUACCAGAGGCCCACCUCUGCAUCCCGGAAGAAGCAAAAGGAAGUCCUCGACAAGGACUAUCCCCUGACCCCACCUCCGUCUCCAACAGUAGAUGAGCCCAAGGUACUUGCUGGAAAGAGUAAAUUUGAUGAUUCCUUGGUUCACAUCAAUAUAUUCUUGGUGGAUAAGAAACACCCAGAAUUCUAUUCCAGUUAUGGUCGUGUUAACCGGAGCGUUGAUGUUGAUUUUAACUGCUUGGACGUGCUGAUCACACUGCAAACCUGGGUCGUGAUACUGGACUUCUUUGGAAUCGGCUCCACUGCAGACAACCAUGCAAUGAAAGUGCCGCCAGAGGAUGUUCUACAGAGCAUGAAGUCAGAGUCCAGCGCCUCAGCAGAGUCUGCACUGCAGGAUCCCGUUAACACUAAGCUGGACCUCAAGGUUCAUUCACUCUCUCUCGUGCUCAAUAAGACUACCAGUGAGCUUGCUAAAGCGAAUGUGUCCAAAUUGGCAGCACACCUGGAAAUGAUUGAGGGAGACCUGGCCUUGCAGGGAAGCAUCGGGAGUCUUUCUCUGAGUGACCUCACCUCCCACGGAGAGUUCUACAGAGAACGGUUCACCACGAGUGGGGAAGAGGCGCUUAUCUUCCAGGCUUUUAAAUACGGGCAGCCUGACCCACUGCUCCGGAGGGAGCACGAUGUGCGGCUGAGUCUGCGGAUGGCCUCUGUGCAGUACGUGCACACUCAGCGCUUCCAGGCCGAGGUGGUGGCCUUCAUCCAGCACUUCACUCAGUUGCAGGAUGUCCUGGGGCGCCAGCGAGCUGCUGUGGAGGGCCAGACUGUGAGAGAUCAAGCUCAGCGCUGUUCUCGGGUUCUCCUGGAUAUUGAGGCUGGUGCCCCAGUUCUUCUGAUCCCAGAAAGUUCCAGAUCAAAUAACCUGAUUGCAGCAAAUUUAGGGAAGUUGAAAGUCAAGAACAGGUUUCUCUUUGCUGGUUUUCCUGGAACCUUCUCCUUACAAGACAAGGAGUCUGUGCCUUCAGCUUUCCCAGCGGGUACUCCCAAACACACUGUGAGGAAAAUGACAAGUACGGAGGACCCCAAGGGAUCUCAUUCCCAGGGGCUGUUCAUGAUGGCCCCUGCUGAAAAAGGCCUGGGCAGCCUGAAGAGUGAGUUUGUGCCCAGUGCUUCCACCAGGCAGCGAGGACAGCAAGCCACACCACCUGUCAGCCACAGUUCCAGUAGUCCAGAAGACCACAUCUGCUUGCUGGACUGUGUUGUUGUGGACCUUCAGGACAUGGACAUCUUUGCUGCAGAGAGACGCCCACGAGAAUACUCGAGAGCCUCAGAGGACAACGGUGGAGAUCUGGUCUUCCCCUCCUACUGUGUGCGGCAGACGGGAGGAAGCCUCUUAACUGAACCUUGUAGGCUGAAAUUGCAGGUGGAAAGAAAUCUGGACAAAGAAAUAAGUCAUAGUGUUCCAGACAUAUCUAUCCAUGGCAGUCUCUCCUCUGUCCACUGCUCUCUGGAUUUGUAUAAGUAUAAGUUGAUCCGAGGCCUGCUAGAGAACAACCUUGGAGAGCCCAUCGAGGAAUUUAUGCGGCCUUACGAUUUACAGGAUCCAAGAAUUCACACUGUUCUGAGUGGAGAAGUGUACACUUGCAUGUGCUUCCUUAUCGACAUGGUCAAUGUAAGUCUGGAGCUUAAAGAUCCAAAAGGAAAAGAAGGUACUGGAUCCCUUGCCAGGUUUGACUUCAAGAAAUGUAAACUGCUCUAUGAGAGUUUUUCCAAUCAAACCAAAUCUGUUAACUUGGUUUCCCAUUCCAUGAUGGCUUUUGACACCCGCUUUGCUGGGCAGAAGACAAGCCCUGGCCUGACCAACGUCUUCAGCUGUAUCUUUCAGCCUUCUAAGAAUAGCAGCACCACCCAAGGGUCCAUUCAGAUUGAACUUCAUUUCAGGUCUACAAAGGAUUCCUCCUGUUUCACAGUAGUUCUCAACAAUCUCCGAGUGUUUCUCAUAUUUGACUGGCUACUCUUAGUCCAUGAUUUUCUUCACACUCCCAGCGAUAUUAAGAAACAAAAUGUUACUCCUUCUCACCAGCAUAACUCCAGCAGUGAACCUGCUGUCCUUCCGAAAACUGUGAAGAGUGGUGUAGUUACCAAGCGGUCUUCCCUUCCUGUGUCCAACGAAAGGCACUUGGAGGUCAAGGUCAACGUAACAGGCACGGAGUUUGUGGUGGUUGAAGAUGUGUCCUGCGUUGAUACCAGUGCCAUUAUUCUGAAAGGCACCACAGUGCUCACCUACAAGCCCCGCUUUGUCGAUCACCCAUUUUCAGGAAGUCUGUUUGGCAUCGAGGUGUUUUCAUGCCGAUUGGGGAGUGAGCAUGAUACAGCUCUGUCGAUUGUUGACCCAGUGCAGAUUCAAGUGGAGCUGGUGGGGAAUUCUUCUUACCAGAAUAGCUCUGGACUGAUGGAUGCGUUCAAUAGUGAAGAUUUUCCUCCUGUCCUAGAGAUUCAUUUACAAACCCUGGAUAUCAGGCUCUCUUAUAACGAUGUUCAGCUGUUUCUUGCCAUUGCCAAAUCCAUCCCAGAGCAAGCUAAUGCUGUAGUGCCAGACUCAGUGGCCUUGGAGUCAGACCCGGUUAGCAGUCACCUUCCAGGUGCAUCUCGAGUCAGAGAGGAAUGCAUAGAAGGAACGAGACACACCUUAGAUCCUGUCUUGGAGUUACAGCUGGCCAGACUGCAGGAGUUGGGAUUCAGCAUGGAUGACUGUCGCAAAGCUCUUUUGGUGUGUCAAGGCCAAUUGAAAAAGGCAGCAAGUUGGUUGUUCAAGAACGCAGAGCCUCUGAAGUCGCUUUCUCUGGCUGCCGGCAGCCGAGAGAGCCCGGGAACAGUGCCAGCCCCAAGGAUCUCAGGAGUGGAGGUCAAAGCCGAGAGCGUGUGCAUCUGCUUCAUUGAUGACUGCAUGGACUGUGAUGUGCCUCUCGCCGAGCUCACCUUCUCCCGUCUGAAUUUUCUUCAGCAUGUGAGAACCAGUCCUGAAGGCUACGCCCACUUCACCCUGUCUGGAGAUUAUUACAAUCGUGCUCUGUCAGGCUGGGAGCCGUUUAUUGAGCCGUGGCCAUGUUCUAUAACCUGGCAGCAACAGGCAGCGAGCCGGCUCCAUCCUCCUCGACUGAAGCUGGAGGCCAAGGCCAAACCCCGUUUGGAUAUCAACAUCACUUCUGUGCUCAUUGACCAGUAUGUAAGCACCAAGGAAUCUUGGAUGGCGGAUUAUUGCCGAGAAGACAAGGAACCGGAUUCAGCCCACUCAGAAGACUGGAUCGGCUCAUCGGUGGACCCUCCUUGCUUUGGGCAAAGCCUCCCCCUUGUCUACCUUAGAACUAGGAGCACAGCCAGUCUGACUAACCUAGAGCACCAGAUCUAUGCUAGAGCAGAGGUGAAAACCCCAAAGCGCCGGCAGCCAUUUGUCCCCUUUGCUCUGAGGAACCAUACGGGGUGUACUCUGUGGUUUGCCACCCUGACCACCACGCCCACCAGGGCAGCGCUCUCUCACAGUGGGAGUCCAGGGAUGGUUCCAGAAGGGAAUGGGGCGUUUCUGGAUGAUGCUCACAAUGUCAGCGAGUGGCAAGAAGUCCUCACUGGUGAAGAGAUUCCCUUUGAAUUUGAAGCCAGAGGAAAGUUAAGACACAGACAUACCCAUGACCUGCGAAUCCACCAGCUGCAAGUGAGAGUGAAUGGCUGGGAGCAAGUGAGCCCCGUGUCAGUGGACAAAGUUGGGACCUUUUUCCGAUAUGCAGCACCCGAUAAAAAUUCAUCUUCCUCUACAAUUGGCAGCCCAGGCAGCAGAACCAAUAUUAUACAUCCCCAGGUUUAUUUCUCCUCACUCCCACCUGUGCGGGUGGUCUUCGCGGUGACUAUGGAAGGCAGCGCUCGGAAGGUCAUCACUGUCCGGUCGGCUCUCAUUGUGCGGAACAGACUCGAGACCCCAAUGGAGCUGAGACUGGACAGCCCGUCAGCGCCAGACAAGCCAGUGGUGCUUCCCGCUGUCAUGCCAGGGGACUCGUUUGCUGUGCCUUUACACCUCACUUCUUGGCGACUGCAGGCCCGGCCCAAAGGAUUGGGCGUGUUUUUCUGUAAGGCCCCGAUUCAUUGGACCAACGUAUUGAAGACAGCAGAGGUUAGUAGCAGCAAACGAGAGUGUCACUCCAUGGACACAGAAAAGAGCCGGUUCUUCAGGUUUUGUGUGGCUAUAAAGAAAGAGAACUAUCCAGAUUAUAUGCCCUCAAACAUAUUCUCUGACAGUGCAAAACAAAUUUUUAGACAGCCUGGGCAUACCAUAUAUCUCCUGCCAACCGUGGUGGUCUGCAACUUGCUGCCUUGUGAACUUGAUUUUUAUGUGAAAGGAAUGCCAAUUAACGGGACUCUGAAGCCUGGCAAGGAGGCAGCCCUCCACACAGCUGAUACAUCCCAGAACAUUGAACUAGGUGUGUCACUGGAGAACUUUCCCCUCUGUAAAGAAUUGCUUAUUCCCCCUGGGACCCAGAACUAUAUGGUGAGAAUGCGACUCUAUGACAUCAACCGGCGACAGCUAAACCUUACCAUCCGGAUUGUGUGCCGAGCUGAAGGAUCCUUAAAGAUCUUCAUUUCCUCCCCCUAUUGGCUCAUUAACAAAACAGGGUUGCCACUGAUCUUCAGACAGGACAAUGCAAAGACAGACGCCGCCGGCCAGUUUGAGGAACAUGAGUUGGCCCGGAGCCUGAGCCCUCUCCUAUUCUGCUAUGCUGACAAAGAGCAGCCAAACCUCUGCACGAUGAGAGUCGGAAGGGGGAUUCAUCCGGAAGGCAUGCCAGGCUGGUGUCAGGGCUUCUCCCUGGAUGGCGGUAGUGGUGUCCGAGCUUUGAAAGUCAUCCAGCAAGGAAACCGCCCAGGGCUGAUCUAUAACAUUGGUAUUGAUGUCAAGAAAGGCAGAGGUCGCUAUAUUGACACUUGCAUGGUCAUCUUUGCCCCCCGUUACCUCUUAGACAAUAAAUCAUCUCACAAGCUCGCAUUUGCACAAAGGGAAUUUGCCAGAGGACAGGGAACAGCCAAUCCUGAAGGUUACAUUUCUACCCUUCCUGGCUCCAGUGUUGUGUUCCACUGGCCUCGCAAUGACUACGAUCAGCUAUUGUGUGUCAGACUGAUGGAUGUUCCCAAUUGUAUUUGGUCUGGAGGCUUUGAAGUCAACAAGAAUAAUUCCUUCCAUAUCAACAUGAGAGAUACUCUGGGGAAAUGCUUCUUCCUGCGAGUGGAAAUUACUCUCCAAGGAGCUACAUAUAGGAUCUCCUUCAGUGACACAGAUCAGUUGCCCCCUCCUUUCCGAAUUGACAACUUUUCUAAGGUCCCUGUUGUCUUCACUCAGCAUGGUGUGGCCGAACCCAGGCUCCGAACUGAAGUGAAGCCCAUGACGUCACUGGAUUAUGCCUGGGACGAGCCCACCCUGCCACCGUUCAUCACACUCACUGUGAAGGGCGCGGGCUCCUCGGAGAUCAGCUGCAACAUGAAUGAUUUCCAGGAUAACCGACAGCUUUAUUAUGAAAAUUUCAUUUAUAUCGCUGCUACAUAUACAUUCUCUGGUUUGCAGGAGGGAACUGGAAGGCCUGUGGCCUCUAACAAGGCUGUUACCUCUGCAGAGCUUGUCUUGGAUGUCUCACCAAAGACACAGCGCGUGAUUUUGAAGAAGAAGGAACCAGGCAAGCGUUCUCAGCUGUGGAGGAUGACAGGAACAGGAAUGCUGGCCCACGAGGGCUCUGCAGUUCCUCACAACCCCAACAAGCCCUCAGCCACCCGCUCCACUGAGGGCUCGGCCAUCCUAGAUAUUGCUGGUCUCGCUGCAGUAACUGACAACAGAUAUGAGCCACUGAUGCUAAGGAAGCCCGACCGCAGGCGAAGCACGACCCAGACAUGGAGUUUCCGAGAAGGAAAGCUGACCUGUGGCUUGCAUGGGCUCGUUGUCCAGGCCAGAGGAGGACUUUCUGGUUUAUUUGAUGGAGCUGAAGUUGUUCUUGGUCCUGACACAUCUAUGGAGCUUUUGGGGCCAGUUCCACCUGAGCAACAAUUUAUUAAUCAAAAAAUGAGGCCUGGUUCUGGAAUGUUAUCUAUCAGAGUCAUCCCAGAUGGACCAACCAGAGCACUCCAGAUAACAGAUUUCUGCCAGAGGAAAAGUGAUCGUGCAUCAUAUGAAGUGGAUGAACUUCCUGUUACUGAACAGGAACUGCAGAAAUUAAGGAAUCCAGAUACAGAGCAGGAAUUGGAAGUGCUUGUGAGGCUAGAAGGUGGAAUUGGUGUGUCCUUAAUUAAUAAGGUCCCAGAAGAACUGGUUUUUGCAAGUCUUAUGGGAAUCAAUGUGCACUACACACAGCUGGCAACCAGUCACAUGCUGGAACUCAGCAUACAGGAUGUACAGGUGGACAAUCAGCUCAUCGGUACCACGCAGCCCUUCAUGCUCUAUGUGACUCCCCUGAGCAGUGAGAAUGAGGUCAUUGAACCGGGCCCCGCCGUGCAGGUCAAUGCGGUGAAGUUCCCUAGCAAAAGCGCGCUGACCAACAUCUACAAGCAUCUGUUAGUCACAGCUCAGAGAUUCACAGUGCAAAUUGAAGAGAAACUGCUCCUCAAACUGCUGAGUUUCUUUGGCUAUGACCAAGCAGAGUCAGGUAAAGAGGUAGAAAAAUACGAUGAGAACCUCCAUGAAAAGACGGUCGAGCAGGGCGGAACACCAAUUCGUUACUAUUUUGAGAAUCUCAAGAUCAGUAUCCCCCAGAUCAAGCUGAGUGUGUUCACUUCCAACAAGCUGCCACUGGACCUCAAGGCCCUAAAAAGCACCUUGGGAUUCCCACUGAUUCGGUUUGAAGAUGCUGUGAUUAAUCUGGAUCCGUUCACCCGAGUCCAUCCCUAUGAGACCAAGGAGUUCAUCAUCAAUGAUAUUCUCAAACAUUUCCAGGAGGAGCUCCUCAGCCAGGCAGCUCGAAUCCUGGGAUCAGUGGAUUUUCUUGGCAAUCCCAUGGGGCUUUUGAACGAUGUCUCUGAAGGAGUUACUGGACUGAUAAAGUAUGGAAAUGUCGGGGGCCUUAUCAGAAAUGUUACACAUGGUGUGUCAAACUCUGCUGCCAAGUUUGCAGGGACACUGUCAGACGGCCUGGGGAAGACGAUGGACAAUCGCCAUCAGUCAGAGCGGGAGUACAUCAGAUACCAUGCAGCGACAAGUGGGGAGCACCUGGUGGCCGGCAUCCACGGCCUGGCUCACGGUAUCAUCGGUGGAUUGACCAGUGUUAUAACAUCAACAGUGGAAGGUGUGAAAACAGAAGGGGGCGUCAGCGGUUUCAUAUCCGGCCUUGGGAAAGGGCUUGUUGGCACUGUAACAAAGCCAGUGGCAGGUGCCCUGGAUUUUGCAUCAGAAACAGCACAGGCUGUAAGAGACACAGCCACACUCAGUGGCCCCAGGACCCAAGCACAGAGAGUCCGGAAACCACGCUGCUGCACGGGACCCCAGGGGCUGCUUCCCCGCUACUCUGAGAGCCAAGCAGAAGGACAGGAGCAGCUUUUCAAACUCACAGACAACAUCCAAGACGAGCUCUUCAUUGCCGUGGAGAACAUCGACAGCUACUGCGUGCUCAUCUCCUCCAAGGCCGUGUACUUCCUCAAGAGUGGAGACUAUGUGGACCGGGAGGCCAUUUUCCUCGAGGUCAAAUACGACGACCUCUACCACUGCCUCGUCUCCAGAGAGCACGGGAAGGUGUAUGUGCAGGUGACCAAGAAAGCCGCGAACUCGAGCAGUGGCGUGGCCAUGCCGGGCCCGUCGCACCAGAAGCCAAUGGUCCAUGUGAAAUCUGAGGUCCUGGCUAUCAAGUUAUCACAAGAAAUAAACUACGCAAAGAGCCUUUACUACGAACAGCAACUUAGGUUAAGACUCAACGAAAAUCAAGAGCAGUUGGAGCUGGACUCCUGAGAAGUCCCAGCUACGGAGACUCCUGGCCACAGAGCCCCCUCGGGAGCACAGACGCCCCUGCCCUCGGCUCAAGUUAGAAGAAAACUGGAAGGAGGUUUGGGGUGGUAUCAGGGAGUGAGGGAAAGGAAAUCGAAAUCCUUACAAGGAGAACACAAAUGGAAAGUAUAUAGUUGUAGGGCAGGGAGUUACUUUAGAUUAUGGGGAAAUCAUUUUUAAAAGGUAUCCAUUGAAUAAGAUAAAAGGAAAAUGUACUGAGAUGAACCUAAUUUUUAGAUCGCCUUGUAUUUUGUUAACAUGUAUAUAUGUACAACUGUGUGUUUGUAAAUACAUAGGCGCUUCUGAGCAGGGCUGUGACCUGUGUGAAGGUUGUUUCUGUAAAGUAAUAUAAAUUGUCCUGGACCCUUGAUUGCGCUAACUCUACAUGUCUCAUUCAGGGGACCGAAGAGAGCGCUCCUGAGAGUUGAAGUGUCGCUGCCGGGUCUCGUGGGUGCAGUGAGAUCUGAGUUGAAGAGCAAGCUUGGCAGUUGUCGGUCACCCCAGGGAGGGACGCAGAGAGGGUCUGGCCACUGCCUCUCGCACAUUUCAGACAGCCCUCAGGUAGUCACAAGUGGGUUGCUAAGGUGCCCAUCCACGUGGCUUUCCCCUGACCAGUGUCACCCAACACGGAAGUAAGACUGUCCCCUCAGCGCACACAGGUCAGUCUUACGCGGUGUUCUCACGCUGCUGUCAGUCACUGAGCCCUUUGUUGGGAUAAGGCAGAUGCCCCUGAUGAGAACGCUGCUCCCUGGCCUGGCACCAGUCUCUCCGGGCAGAAGCUCCCGAGACCCAGUUCUUACAAAGCCACGACCUGGCAGCACAGCUGCAUGGUCCCGGGGACACAGGUGGUGACAGUGGCAUGAGGAGGAGAGCGCAGGAAAGGGAGUGAAAUAUGAGUAUUAAACAGCUGGGGCACAGCAUCUGGGGCAAGGUAAGGCCUCACUGUGGGUGAGUGACUCGCCCUGUGACUCUGGGGAUUUUAUUUUAGUAAAAGCUGAUCACUUUCUGCAGCCUGGUCACAUGUAGCUGAGGCCUGAAGUGGCCUGGUGGAACCGCAGAUGUGUGGAAGGCUUUGGUGUCUGUAACUCAGAUUCCUCCAAGACGCAAAUGAAGCUCAUCUGUCCACCUCUCCCCUUCCUCAGGGACUUUGCACACCCCUGGGGGUGCACGCACACAUGUGCACGUGCUACAUGUAUGUUGUCAUGAUGGUAGCUGAGCGCUUGUCAUGAUGGUCUCAGCGCUUCUGUGUGAGACCUGCAACUCAAGGGCCAAGUCCGAGCCCCUCCUGCCUUGCUCCACGCCCUGCAAGUCUGGUGUGCGGUUUUUGUCACCAGUAAUCCACUGCCCGAGAUCACAGCCUCUCACCAAUGAGGCUCAGGACACUGGCAUCAGCAAGCCUUCUGUCAUUUGUCGGGCUAGGGUCACCGGAAAUGUCCGUCCUGGGGAAAGCGGCUCCUGUCCUGAAGAAGCCGGCCUAGGGCCCGGCAGCACCCGGUGGCGCCAUCCCUGACUACAGGAAGGCACCGAGGCCGCCCUGGCCCGGUGCUUCAGGAACAGCCAGGGUGGUGCCCCUCCCCGCCCCUCUCAUUUAAUCAGCACUUUAAAUAGUCGCCCAUCCCUCUGAGGGCACCACCACCCCGUGAUGUCUGCACCUCAGAAGGGCAGGUGUUAAAGGCACCAAAUGGGCCUGGGGCUGAUGCUCCCAGAACUCUUCCCUGCCCUGCAGCCCCAGCACCAGGAGGGGGACAGCAUCAGAACUCUAGACCAAGCAGCCCCUGCCCUGGCUCCCUCAAUGCCCAUUUCUUAAAUUGGGAUUUAGCUGGUGGUGUCCAAGACUUGGUCAGGACGAUUCCUAUCCAUUUUCAUGCUGCCUCAAACACAGUUCCUUUUUGAGGAGGGUAAAACUAGUGGAAUGCCUUGGGGCAGUGGGGAAGGGGACUUCAGAAGCCAUCCCCUCUCUCUGGCCCAGCCUGGCUGGUGACCUGUGUGUCAAGAUCAGCCGGGCCCAGCCCUGUGCCGUGGAAGCAGACAGGCAACCUCGGCCCUGCCCCAGCAGCCCUGUGCUGGGUAGGUGCCGGAGGCCCCAGGCCCUUUGUUUGCAAGUGUCAUCUGUGCCUCCAAAACCCUAGCAGCUGCUUGGUGGACUGCUGAGAAUAAAGCUGUGGGUCCUCGCCGUGUAACGCACGCAGUCACCAGUGUGUCCAGACUGUGAUCUGGCUUUUCUGUCAGAGUCGUCACUCUUCUUCCUGUGGAAUAAAAUGCGUUGUUGAUUU